ACUACAAAGUUCCUACAACGGCGCAGCUGCUAAACGAUUACGAGCGAGGGCAGCUGCUGAACCCUUGAUCGCGGAUGCUCGUAUCAGUUAUCAGCCGCGAUCGAGUUCAUUCGUUCGAGUGUGUCCGCGUGCUGUGCCACUGUCCCGAUACUCCCGUCGUACGUUUGGUCCUCCCGCGGAACCGUAUCCUUUGCUAUCCGGUGUGUAGUGUGAAGACCAACUGGAGACUACGGAAGGAAUCAGGCUGUUGGCGGUGGGAACGAUUGCUUCCGAUCGCAGCGGCAAACGAUCGGACGGCCGCGUGUGGACUCUGAGUUGUAUGACACGCGCUGAGUGAGUGUUCAUUCGUUCGGCAAACAACGGCACGCGGGAAGAGAGCCGAUUCGACGGACCGCCGGGUGUCCGGGUUUCGCGGUGUCCGUCCGGACUGAGUGUUGGUGGUGGAGCGAACCGAGCGAGCCACCAUCCGGUGAGCCAGUAUGAGUGCAGGAUGAGAUACGAUUGUGGCUGCAGUACAGAUAGUUUGAUUCCCGGCGGCCGCGCGAGGAAUGUGGCGGGCGGAAGCGUGGUGCGUCCCGCUCAAAUUGUUUUGAUUCGAAACGAGGAAUGCUGGUGUUGUUUGGUUGGCUGGUGGAUGUGAUGAGUCCGCUUUGUGCCCGCAUGACACGCACGGAGCAUAAUUUUUAUGGUUGUUUUUGCGCCCGUCUCCCUAUACUUUGAACGCAACCUUGGAACCUUGCUUCGGGAAAGAGCGUUUGCAUGGGAGAGUGAACUAAUCGACGGCCGCAAUCGCUUCGGAAACAUUGAACACGUUUUACUUCAAUCUCCAGUUCGCUCGAAUCGUUGGUCCGCGGGUUCCGGUUGUUUGUGUUGUUUGGAGUGUUUUGUUUGGAGUUUUUGUUGGAGUUACGAAACGGAUGGCUAGCGGGUCACAAUGGCAGGACUUUCCGUGGCCGGUUUGAAGUUAGCAAAAUGUUGACAGAACCAGAGAUUGCGCAGCAGCACAAGAAAGAAAGGUGCACUCUCGGUCACCCUAAAUGCAUACCGUUCCAAGUGUCCUGGGCGGAAUGAGGAAUGCUAGUUUCAUACAUCAGCAGCAUCGUGCCAAUCGGAUGCUGGAAAUGAUGACACAUAUCAAGCAGAACCACCGCAUCGAGGACCACCGUAACCUAGACGAGUGGUCCUACUACGCGAACGGGUCGACACUGGAGUACUACGAGAUGCCGAUCGAUAUGCGCUUCAACUCCGGCCAUCUACUCUCGAUCAUGGUGUAUAGCACACUCAUGGUGUUUUCGGCUAUGGGAAACAUCACGGUGUUGAGUAGCCUCGCCAAGCGGAAGGGGCGAGCCUCAUCGCGGAUCAACAUUAUGCUCGCCCAUCUGGCCAUUGCUGAUCUUUUGGUUACAUUUCUAAUGAUGCCACUAGAGAUCGGGUGGGCCUACACGGUCAGAUGGUCCGCGGGCGAUCUGAUGUGCCGGGUGAUGGCCUUUUUCCGUACCUUCGGCCUCUACCUUUCCAGUUUCAUUUUGAUCUGCAUCUCGAUCGACAGAUACUUUGCCGUUUUGAAACCGUUGAAAGUACACGAUCACCACCGAGCCAGGCUAAUGAUUUCGACGGCAUGGAUCAUGUCCGGUUUGUGCAGUUUACCACAAUCCUUUAUUUUCCAUCUCGAACGCCACCCCAACAUUACUGUGUACGAGCAGUGUGUUACGUACCACUUCUUCGAGGAAGAAGUUUAUGAAAUCAUCUACAACGUGUUGGGCAUGUGCUUUAUGUACGCACUGCCAUUGGUGGUUAUCCUGUACUGCUACGGAUCAAUCUACUACGAAAUCUUUAGCCGUACGAGCCCACGGAACUUAGAAAGCUUCCGACGCUCCAGCAUAGACGUGCUGGGAAGGGCGAAAAGAAAGACGCUACGGAUGACCAUUACAAUCGUCAUAGUUUUCGUGGUCUGCUGGACUCCCUACUACGUGAUGUCCCUUUGGUACUGGCUGGACAAGGAGUCGGCGAAGAACGUGGACCAACGGAUACAGAAGGGACUGUUCCUGUUCGCCAGCACCAACAGCUGCAUGAACCCGGUCGUGUACGGUAUCUAUAACGUGCGAAAGGAGCGUCCCAAAAACAAACUGAAGCAACCGGAGAAAAGCUGCGGCAGCAACGCUAUCGUGAAAGCGUGACAGUGUGUAGAAGCGUUGUGGUGUGGCUUGUGUUGAUGUUCUAUGGUGCUUAGCUUCGUUGCUACCGUUCGCAGCGAUCGAAGUGGAAACCAAUAAAACUAUUUCUAAUUUUCUAAACAUCACCCCUUCAUAACGGAAA